UAAUAAAGUAAGUAAGUAAGUAAGCAAAUUGAAAUACAUUUUGGCAAUGAAUUUGACCAUGUAACUCCUAUGUGCACAGUGUAAUACACAUGAUCCACAUACUUUUUGUCGACUGCAGUCUGUGACAGAUUUUUUUCACCAUUCCACACUUUCUGGAGUGAUCAUAAUAGUACAAUGGGCCUUUAUUUCAAAUAAAUAGUAAGUAUCAUGUAUAAUUGUCUCAUCCCUUCGGAUUGCUCACCACUUGAAGUCAAAGCUGUAGCCACUGUUGCUGUGAAGCCAAAAUAACUGAACAAACUGUCCACCAUGGUCAAUGCCAAAGAUCAGCCCGGGACUAGCGGGAGCCAGAACCGGAACAGAACCCAGAACGGGAACCAGAACGGGCAUCAGAACGGGCAUCAGAACGGGAGUCAUAACCGGAACAGGAACCGGAACCAGCAGGCCCAGGAGGACGAUUACAUCGCCAAGAUCAACGCCGAAAUCGAAAAGUGUAAGGAAACCAUGGCCAUGCUCGUGCUCACCGCUGAAAACGAUCGGCGCAAGCAGAACGAGAUUGCAAGGAUUGAGCAUAAAAUUAAUCAGCUGGAGGCCACCAAAAACGCUCAUGACUCAAACAGGCGUUAAAAGCUAGUGGGCAGAUGGCUGUUGAGAAAAGAUAUAACUCGCAUUUUACUGAAUGUCACUGCGUGUCGUUUGUGGAUCAUUUAGUGAUUUUUUGUGUAUUAUUAAUCAAACUAAAACAAAAUUUUAUAUUUUAUUCUAGAAACUAAAUAAAGCAAAUAUCUUAAACUA